AUGGGGACCCAAAUAAAAUACUUGGGUCUCCACCUGGAUGGUAAAUGGACAUUUGGCGAGCACUUUCGCCGGAUAACCCCGAGGGUAGACAGAGCCGCGAUGGCCCUAUGUCGGCUUCUGCCGAAUCUCGGGGGGCCCGACGAAAGGGCGGAAAAACUAGAGGCGACCCGGAAGCUGCGAGAUUCACUGCACCAGCUGCAGAGACGGGUCGCCAACAGAGUGUGUAGGGAAUUCCAUACAGUUAGCUGGACGGCAGCGGGGGUACUCCCCGGAAUACCUCCCAUCGAAUUGCUAGCCCGCAUGUACACAGAAGUGUAUAAACGUACACGCGGGCUGCAAAAGGAGGAUAUUAUUGUGACGGACAAUAUCCGGCGUAAUCUGAGGGUCCGCACCCGGCGGCGUUUAAUCGAAGAUUGGUCCGGGAGACUAGAAGAUCCCAGUCUUCCCGGGCAGCGCACCGUCGGGACCAUCCGACCCUGCCUGGAACAGUGGCUGGGCAGGGCGAAAGGGGGUGUUACAUACCGGAUGACUCAGGUGCUCACCGGGCAUGGAUGCUUCGGUGAGUACCUGAGGAGAAUCGGAAAGAAGCGCACCACGCGCUGCCAUCACUGCGGCCACCAACGGAACAUCGCCCAGCACACGCUCGAAGAAUGUGUUGCCUGA